UUUCUUUGCUCUGAUGAUGAGAUUCCAGAAGAAUAUGUCAAAUUUUAUCCGCAUACUGCACACACCACCAAUUUGGAAUAUAUACCGUAAUAUCAUUCCACUUGCCACUUCCAUGACAAAAGAAGGAAAAAAGAAAAAAGACUGGUUAGCAUAUAUGUGGUCAAUAUGAGAAAAAUAGUACAUGCUGCGAAAAAUAGUUCCCAUUCAAAGUACCUCGAUGUCAGAAGAAAGUCAGUACCUUGAUUUGAAUGAUGACAUCAUCCUUCAACAAAGCAAUGGUAAUGUGGGUUUCUUUGACCCUUCACCUCUUUCGUGGGUACAUAUGAAACAGUGACCGAUGGUGCAGUCCGUCUGAAUAUGUCACAGAACGACAUUUAUAUUUAAAAAACCUCCAUCAAGAUUCUUUUUUUUUUUUAUUUGGCAUAUUCAUAAAUUCUACAUGCAUAUAAUACCAAAGCGUGCGUUAUCUGCCAUAAUGCUUUGUCUUUGCUCCUAUCUUUCCAGGCUAAACUUCUCAUCUAGUCUAAUUUGAGAUUAUCGGAAGCAGCAUUUUUUAUGCUUCAUUCUGCUCAGCAAUCUGUGCGGUGUCAUUUUAAGUACUAAUAAGUGACAUGGGAAGCUUGAUGAAGAACUGCUUAGCAUCAUGUUAUUGAUGUAAUGUCAUGCCCAAUGACUAGAGAAUUAAACAUAAACCAAUGCCUCCUCACAACUGAGAAGAGAGUUUAAACUUACCCAAUUUUCAGUUUGCUGAUAUACUUUAGCUCUCAUUAUCUUUUCCUUAUACUGCUUAUAUAAUAUACAAAUCUUUGGCUUCCUUGUCAUCUUUGCAAAAUGCAUUCCUAUACUUUCUGGGAGUAGGCAGUAACAAGAAUAAACAAAAGAAGACAUGAUUAUUAAUAGAAAAAAGUAAAGGGCAGUUGAAGACUAGUGAAGGGUAAGAUCGACGCUAGCUCAUGAAAGUUGAUAUUAGAAAUCUAGAAACAUAUAUCCAUGUGAUUUUGUUGGAUGAAGGAUAAAAUCUUGACUAGGUCCUCAAAGUUUGGCAACAAAAAUGUGGAAAUAUAUACUUUAGUUUAUACUGGAUAUCCACGUGAUUUUGAUCCAACAACCCACAUACGAAAUGGAGGCUCCACUCUACUUCAUGCUAGUUUUACUUUUAGAACCUGCAUAAACUUACGUCAGAUGCCAUAGAGUUGCCGACCAAAUUAGAGAACAGUGUGUCACAUAGGACGUCUUCACUAAAGACAAUCUUGAAAUUUAGACCCCCUCUCGUGUUUCCUUUAGGACAACUAGUUCUCCACAAGUAUAAAUAAACAUCCUGCUCUUUCCAUAUUUUUACCUUGGGUAGCAGUAACCAUCUCCAAAUUGGUGUCUAGUGUUAUUAGAAUGGGUCUUGUUAAAGUAUUGUUUGUCCUCUCUCUGCUUAUGGUUUCCAUGGAACCACUAGUAACUGCUAGAUAUUGGCACUGGUCUAAUGAGAAAAAAUCUAACUUUGAGGCUGCUGAAGAUCUUGUGACUAGUCUUCCAGGCCAACCCCGUGUAAGUUUCCGACACUAUGCUGGGUAUGUGACAGUAAACGAAAAGAACGGCAGAGCACUCUUUUACUGGUUCUAUGAAGCCACAACCCUUGCUGAUCAAAAACCUUUAGUGCUAUGGCUAAACGGAGGUCCUGGUUGCUCUUCUGUGGGAUAUGGAGCAACACAAGAGAUUGGACCUUUCCUUGUUGACUUGGAUGGACGUGGCUUAAAAUUUAAUUCUUUCUCAUGGAACACAGAAGCCAACUUAUUAUUCCUGGAAUCUCCGAUUGGUGUUGGCUUCUCAUACACAAAUACUAGUGGUGAUUAUGAUGGUCUGGGAGAUGACUUUACAGCAAAUGAUGCUUAUGGUUUCCUGCACAAGUGGUUUCUCAAGUUUCCAUCAUAUCGGACCCGGAUAUUUUAUAUUGCGGGAGAAAGCUAUGCAGGGAAAUAUGUUCCAGAGCUGGCUGAAAUUAUUCACGAUAAGAACAAAGAUCCCUCCUUGUUCAUUGAUCUUAGGGGCAUUCUGCUGGGUAAUCCUGAAACACAUGAUGCUGAGGACUGGCGAGGUAUUGUGGACUAUGCCUGGAGCCAUGCUAUUGUCUCAGAUGAAACCCACAAAACUAUCAUUCGGACCUGUGACUUUUACAGUGAUGAUCCAUGGAACAAUACCGAUUGUAACACUGCUGUGGAAGAAUUAUUUAAGCAGUAUAAGGAGAUAGAUAUGUAUAGCCUUUAUACAACCCUCUGCCAAAGUAAUUCAUCUGCUUCAGCAGACAUGUCGACUCUAUUCAGAGCGAGGAGUUCAUCCAAUAUGAUGCCAAGGCUCAUGGGUGGUUAUGACCCGUGCUUGGAGCACUAUGCGAACACCUAUUACAAUCGACUUGAUGUUCAGAAGGCCCUCCAUGUUGCUGACGGAACUAGCCUCAGGAACUGGACCAUCUGCAAUAUGACAAUCUUCUAUGGAUGGUCGGAUUCAAGGACAUCCGUCCUUCCCAUAUACAAGAAGCUCAUAGCUGCAGGACUAAGGAUAUGGGUUUACAGUGGAGAUACCGAUGGCAGAGUUCCUGUUUUGUCAACGAGAUACAGCUUAAGCUCCUUAGGACUUCCAAUCAAGAAGGCAUGGAGACCUUGGUACCAUCAGAAACAGGUUGGUGGGUGGAUUCAAGAGUAUUAUGGUCUUACGUUUGCUACAUUCAGAGGAGCAGGCCAUGAUGUGCCCACAUUCAAACCAAGCGAGUCGCUUGCUUUCUUUGCAUCAUUUCUUUCAGGUGAAUCUCUGCCCUCCGAGAGGGAUUGAUGAUGAAUUCGCUCGGCUAGUUCUACGAGAAACUUUGCUGUUCCGAUGUUAGUUUUACGACAAGUGUGAAAACAAUGCUGUUAGAGAGAGUUUCUCCUUUUUUCGUGUAGUGUUACUACUUUUGCGUUGGCUGUGAAAUCAGAAUAAUGAACUUCAUGUACAAGUCAUUAGACUUCACAAGAAGACUGUGAUCUUCACCAUGGUGUUGGAUAAGAGUUUUUGGGGUUUUCUCAACUUCCAUCGCCUUCUUCCUCCUCUAAAAACACUUUCAUGCAAGGUAUAUGCAUGUGUUUUCACGACUUCGGCAUAUCAAGGAAAACGCAUUUCAGGAAUUCUUU